UCUGUGGGGAGGAGGCAGGGCCCCUGGGCAGCACUGCCCUCCCCGAUACUCCCCUGGGGCUUUUUCAGUGGUAGGGGACAUGUGCCCUGAGGGCCUCUGCUUAGCCUGACCCUGAUGCAGGGGCUCCCUGUCCCCACUGACAGCAGUGAUGGCAAGUUUAUUGAGCGCCUCUCUGCCCAGCUGCCUCCCAUCCCUCCUCUUCCUCCUCCUCCAGCUAUCUUCCAGCUCCGCAGGACAGUUCAGAGUAAUCGGACCAGGGCAUCCCAUCCGAGCUCUGGUAGGGGAUGAAGCGGAACUGCCUUGUCGCAUAUCUCCAGGAAAGAAUGCUACAGGCAUGGAGGUGGGGUGGUACCGGCCCCCCUUCUCCAGGGUGGUUCAUCUCUACCGAAGUGGCAAGGACCAAGACGAAGAGCAGGCGCCUGAAUACCGGGGCCGCACGGAGCUGCUGAAAGAGACCAUUGGGGAGGGGAAGGUGACCCUCAGGAUCCGAAAAGUCAGGUUCUCAGAUGAGGGAGGUUUCACCUGCUUCUUCCGAGAUCAUUCUUACCAAGAGGAGGCAGCGAUGGAAUUGAAAGUGGAAGAUCCCUUCUACUGGAUCAACCCUGGAGUGCUGGUUCUCAUCGCGGUUCUGCCUGUGCUCCUCCUGCAGAUCACUGUGGGCCUUGUCUUCCUCUGCCUGCAGCGCAGACUGAGAGGAAAACUUCGAGCAGAAAUAGAGAAUCUCCACCGGACUUUUGAUCCCCACUUUCUGAGGGUGCCCUGCUGGAAGAUAACCCUGUUUGUAAUCGUGCCCGUUCUCGGACCCGUGGUCGCCUUGAUCAUCUGCUACAACUGGCUACAUCGCAGACUAGCAGGGCAAUUUCUUGAAGAGCUAAGGGUGGAGAAGAGCCUGGUUGCUCCAAGAAUUGAUCCUAGGGGAUGUCACAUUCGUCAAGUUGCACACUCAUUGGCCUCUUCGCUAUGGGGACAUUCCAACCUGCACUUCUGGGAAUGCUCUGGAUUCCAAGUCGGAUCAAUUUCUUCUGUCAUCUACCUUGUCUCUCCCUUUCCCCAGAUUGUUACCCACAUCUUUCUGCUCCUGUCUCCCAUCUGGAACCCCUCUCUGGCCACAGCCAGGCUGGUGAUUUUCUCUCCUUUAGAGGACACCUGUGCUGGGGAGUAACACAAAAGAGGGUCUCUGCCACAAACUGGAGACCAGGGACCUCCUUGCUGCAAAUUCCAGCAUGCCAACUUUGCAAAUGGCGGUUGUUUCUUCCAAGAUCUCAGCCCUGAGGGGCGGAGCUGAGAGGUGUGCAGGGUUGAAGGGAAGGCGCAGGAAAAGUCCAAAACAUCCGAGAGCCAAGUGACUCCUGCAGAGUGAGGACAUGGGGAGCCCUAACCAAAACCAGGAGAAGGGGGGAACCCACAGAAGGCUGGCCAGAGCUCCAUCUUGCCCGGCAGCCUUCCAAGGAGCCAGGGGAGCCAGGGAUGGGAACUGGGCAACGUGCCUGCAUUCAACUCUUUCUACAACCACAUCUAGUCCAGACGGGUCCCUCAGACUCUCCCCCCACCUCAUCCUUAUUCUCCCAUCUUCAUACCUAUUGGAGUGUUCACUGUUUUAUUCAACAAUUACUACUUGAUGGUCUAUCAGACACAAAAGAAACAAGCUAGGUGCUAAUUAAUAACAAUACAAGUUUCCAUGUGCCACUCCUUGUCCCUUUUCCUUUCUAGAUUUCCUUCAUUACCCCCUUACCUGGGUUCCUCUACCCCCAGUCUCCUUACCCUGGAGGUUAGUCUUCAGGAAAACCAAACAGAGAAAGACCUGGACAGAAAGGUCAUUUAUUUCUGUUCCAAGACCUUUAGUUGCUUUCUUUCCUCUGCCUCCCUUCUCCCCUCCCCUCCUUCCCUCUUCCAGGGGUAUGGAUCCAGAAAAAAAUCCAUUUCCUUCCCUGCUGUAGGGGGUGUAUCAUGAAAGAAGCCAAGCCACUGACCCAGGAGUGCCCAGCAUUGAUGCGGACUCCCCAGCCACAGCCCCUUGGCUUUGUAGCCCCCCCAGUGGCCCAAAAGGUCCUCCUUCUCCCCAAAGCAGACGUCGCAGAUAGGGCAGCGGUAGACCUUCUGCUUCCAGUGAGUCUGCUGGUGCCUGACCAGCCCCGAGAAUAAAGUGAAGGACUUGCCACAGUGGAAGCAGCAGUUGGACUGCUCUGUGAGGUGGGCCUUCUGGGGGCCAGGGAGACAGGCUCUCUUGCUGAAAGUCAAGGGACAGUGAGAGCCAGAUACCUUGAAUCUUGAAGGCUUUUCUGGGUGAGAGUUGGUCUUGGAAUCCAGGAAGGUGGCUCUAGUAUUGGUCGCCUGGGUCCCGAUCACAGGCUCUGGGGUUGUAAAGACGGGGGCCUGAGUUUUCAUAGUGAUCACUCGGUUCUUGGCUACAGGUGCCUGGUUCUUAUCUAUAGAUGGCUGGGCCCCAGCCUCAGGACCCUUGGUUUUAAAUGCAGGUCCUUGGGUCCUGGCCACUGGUGCCUGGUUCCCAGCUGUGAGUCCCUGGAAUCCAGCUGCGCUAUCUGGAAUCCUCACAAUAUGCUUCUGGUUUCCAGUCCUCUGCUCCUGGCCUUGGUGUGUCUUCUGGUGGCGUUUGAGCUCGGAUUGGUCCCGGAAGCACUUCCCACAGAAGGGGCACGAGUGGGGCCGGUAACCCAGAUGGACGCGGCGGUGACGACUCAGUCCAGAAGCGUCACAAUAGGUCUUGUCGCAGAGCGAGCAGCGGAAGGGCCUCUCCCCCAGGUGCAUGCGCCGGUGGUAGCUGAGGGCCUUGGGGUUCCGGAAUGACUUCCCACACUGGCCGCAGGUGAUGUUAUGCCGCUUGGGACUGUGAACAAACUGGUGGCUGUGGAGGCCGGAGCGCUUGCUGAAACACCUGCCACAGAUGUGGCAGGAAAAGGGUGGCCCCGCCCAGGAUGCGGGCAACACUGACGUCCUGUCCAGGGACCCAGCUGGAGUGGAGGAGGGGCUCACCCCUCUGCCAGCAAGAGGGACCUUCUUGUCAUCACUAGUCCCCUGAUCUCUCUCACUUUGACUCUGUUCUUCAAGUUUCUCCUUCUUGCCUCCUGGGGGGAACAAGGAAGAAUAACAAGCUCUCCAUUCAGUUCAGUUUACUUCCCCCACUCUUGCCCUCCUUCUCCUGCCCAACAUUCACUCUCACUCUUAGACCUCAGAGGCCAGAGAUAAGAAAAAAACUUCAGGGUUUUCGAAAUAAAAGCAAAUAAAAAUUUAACUGGAA